GAUUUGCUCUACAUUAGAAUUUAUUUAAUCACGCUUUUGACGUAAAUUAGCUUUUUAUGGUAUCUUCCAAUCGGAAGCUUGACUUGCCCUCAUAGUGACGUAACUGUAGCGAUAUUAAGCUCUCGUUUGGAUGAAACUGCGACAGCUGAUAUACGUCAUGUGCACGACUAAAUAAGUCGUACUAUAUGGAGUCGACUCCCCUCUCGAAUAGAACACUGUCCCACUGGUUGUAUGAAUCCGCUUAGAGAAGUGUUUUCAAGUUGAUCAAGUUUCAUAUUUUUCGUUGUGCAAAAUAUAUUUUCAUCAUUAAGUUUUUUCACAUGAAGCAUUAAUUUUUAAAAGUAACGUGUGAGCAAAACGCAUCUCUUCAGAAAUGUCAGAAGAAGAACUGAAUAGCUACGAAGCGGAUUGGAAUGCUGCGUCUACUAUUAAAUCAGGAUUGAAAAAGCACACCUUAGAUUCAGAUGAAGAGGAUGACGGCGAAGAAAAGAAAUAUGAAAUUAUGGAAGAUGAUGAUAUAGAAGGACAAGAAGAUGGUGCAGGUGGGUUUGAUGGAGAAGUUACCAUAACACCGUUCAACAUGAAAGAGGAAAUGGAAGAAGGUCAUUUUGAUACAGACGGAAAUUAUCAUUGGAAAAAAGAAGGAAAAAUGAUACGUGAUAAUUGGUUAGAAAAUAUUGAUUGGGUAGAGAUCAAAAAACAAGAAAAUCCACCUGAACAAGUUGAGACGAGUGAUAGUGAAGAUUCUACUCCAUUUGAUCAAAUUCCCACAUAUCGCAAAAUGUUGACAUUGAUGAAACCUGGUGAAUCUGUCACUAGAGCAUUACGAAGGCUAGGUGGCACAAAAACUAUGUCGGCAUCUGAAAGAUGGCGACGUAAGAAGGCAGGUCUGCUGGAGAACAGUGAUGAAAACCGCCAGCAAGUUAUUGAUUUGACAGAGCUUGCAAAUACCUUAUUGACUGAGACUGGCAAUAUGGACAUAUAUGAGGAAACAUUUGAACAUAUAACUUCUCUGGUUGCAGCGGCUGACAAGAAGCAUGCAGUUGCUCAUCCUAAACCUAAAUCAUACGAUGAUGCAUUGGACAUGUAUGCUGAUGAUUUUGAUGAAAAGGAGAAAGCUCGUCUUUCAGAGAAUGAGAAACUCAUAAAUGCUGGAGAGAGUUUGGCUGGAAGUGAUAAUGUCUCAAAAACGGAGGAAGUUAGAAAACAUAAGCUGGAGGAGAGGGAUGGAGAAAGGCCAAACAAACGUCCAAAGGUGCAGUUUCAAGAGAAAGUAAAAGUGGUCACAAUAUCGGGAAACAAUGAUGCAGAGAAGCUUCUUGAGAAGAAAGAAGAAAGUGAAGAAAAAGAUCUCCCCAAUUCAGAUGAAGUUUACUGGGAAUUCAAAUGGAAAGAGGACAGUCCUGAAGUGGAAGGCCCCCAUUCUAGCUCUCAGAUGCACACGUGGGUGGAAGAGGGACGUUUUAAGGAGCCAGUAUGGGUGCGGAAAGUGAAACAAAAUGGACCAUUUUACUCUUCUGCGAGAGUAGACUUCGAAUUAUACUUCUGAAUUAUUGUAGGGUAUACUUACAAAUACGAUUUUCUGUUGUAAAUUUGUCUGAUUUUACAACUUAAUUCUUUUUUGCACAUUCUGUAAUGGCAAAGAAGCAAUUUACUGCAGAUAAGGAUUUUUAAUUGUUUUCACUUAAAAUUGCGUAUUUAUUUCAAAUUUAUUAAAAGGUAUUUUUUACCAAAAUCCUCCAAAUUUUGUUACUAUUAACAUGCAUUCCUCUUAUAUAUACCCCUAGACACACAUUGAAAAACAAUAGAGAUAGUGAUUGUUUGUCAUAUCUUUAGGGCUGUAUCUGUUAUCAUGUUUGUUAUAAUUUUACUUUUAAAAACAUUAUUUUGUGAACAAAUUUUGACUAUUUUCUAAUGCUGGAGUAUACAUGAAUAUGUACUUAGACUUCUUACCAAUUCAUUUGGGAUGUAUAUAUAUUGUCAUUUAUUAAAUUUGUCAUGUUUCCUCUGUAACAUUUGAAACAUUAUGUUGUUUAUCAUUACAGUAUAUUCAUGAAUACAAUUGUUUUACGGCAACCUACUGUAAAUCUCCCUAUGUUGAAGGCAAUAGGGAGUUUUAGCACCAGGUGUUAGGUGGCAUCCUAAAAUUCUAUUGGUCACGCGACAAACGCUUUUAUACGAUUGUAAUGAACAAUGUUAAAAAGAGUUUCAGCAAAUUGCGUUAUGCAUUAUAACAAAAGAAACAUUUCAUUCGUUGAACAAAGAAGUUACAUAAUACAUGAAAGCGUGUAGGCUAGUGUUGAGACAUUUAAACCAUGUAUGACCCAAGAGUAUAACAAAUGUACAUUGCACACAGAGUUUUACAUUUUUUGCUUCCCCUCCCCCACUCGUUAUGAGUAUUCGAUCUGGAAUUUUGAAUCAGCUUUUCUAGAGUAAGUAGAAAAUAUCUUAAAACAGCGUUCGUUUUGAGCAUAAGACAUAACCUAUUCCGGAGACAUGAUUUAGUCUUCUUUUUCACGAAUUUCUUUCCUGGAACCUCUCCAACAUAACUCGUUAAUUCUUACCAGUGUUGUGGAGAUAGUAAGGAAUAAUUGUAACUGCCUCACAUACAAGAAUUUGUUUACCAGAGUUGGAAAAAUAUAAUUUCCCCGUUUUUAGGCAGCCAUUUUGCCGCUUGUAAGGUGACCAUAAAAACACCUACAGGUGUCAAUUAUUUAUGGAUGUGUAAGGUCGUACCUUAGGCUUAAGGUAAGACGUUAUAACAAGCUCCAUUAUGUGACUGUUGGUGCAUAACGCCGCUACCUUACACGUGGCGCUAAAACUCCCUAUUGUAGAUAGGUAUUAAUCUGUUUACCACUUGUGUGUGUUGUUAACAUGUCCUAUUGAAGGAAGUUUCUAAAUAAACUUGAACGUAAAGGAUUUCGCAAGGUAUCAAAAAUUGUAUUUUUGGUAAAUUAGAGACUUAACUGUUUGAAUAAUGAAAUACCAGGAUAAACUAUGCCAGCCACAGCGAGCCUUGCUAUUUGUAAAUGUAAACAAUUCAGAAUAAAAGUAAUUCAUAUUAGUUACGGGGAGAAUUAUUAUUAAUUGUAAUAUUACAAUUAAUAAUAAUUAUCACCAAUAGUACAAUUAGAAAAAUGUAUAUAGAUAAAUUAACCUCCUUUUCGUGACACCAAUCGAAGCUCUUCUCAGUAAUCUUAUUUACUAAUGUGUGAAGAUGAUGUGACCGACGUCAAAGUGCAGAUUUCCUCAAUGAACGUAAUUUCUUUAGAUAUAUUUAGGUUCAGGAGAAUUAUUUGUAUCCAUCUUUCUCAAACCAGGGUAUACAAAUAUUGAUAAUAUUGUGUAUUCAAAUAGAUAUAUUGGAAGCUACAUCCCAAAAU